AUGGGAAAAUACAUAAAGAAGCCAAAGAUCGCCGGAGACGUUUCCUUAAACGAUAUAUCUCACUCAACCACUCUCGCUUCCCGCACCAGAGCCGCCGCCAAAAACCUCGCCUUGCAGCGUCUCCGAUCUCACCCCAUUUCGCCGUCCGGCGACGCAGACUCCUUCGGCUACCUUCAGCUCCGGAGCCGCCGUCUCUUGAAGCUUCCAUUACUCGGCGAUACAAGAAAACAGCUCACACAAAGAGAAACGACAAACCCUAGAGCUAAAUCGGAGAAAUCAGAUUCGGAGACGACGGGUUUAGCCAAGGAGACGGAAGAAGAUUGUGGUGACAACGAGAACCAAUCUGGGUUCGAUUGUAAUUUUGUAGAGAAAGGUCUCGAUUUCGAAUCCGGAGACAGAGAUUCGACGCCAUGUGACUUGAGAAGAGACUCAAAUGUUCCUUCGUCUCUUGAGAUUGAAGACUUCUUUGCAUACGCAGAGCAACAACAACAGAGAUUCUUCAUUGAAAAGUACAACUUUGACAUCGUGUCGGAGAAUCCAAUGCCGGGACGUUACGAAUGGGUCAAAGUGAUGCCAUGA